AUGUCGCGAUUCACUCGCUUUCGUUUAGUAACUUUUGAUUUGCGCGACACUCUGAUUCGUCUCCGGGCUGAUGCAGGAAGACGUUUUACAGAAAUAGCCAAUAGGCUUGGAAUUGAAACUGAUGAAAAUUCUAUUCGGACAUCAUUUGCUGAAGCAUGGAAAAAAUUACGCAAUGAACACCCGAACUUCGGGCUUGCAUCUGGAUUAUCGCUAAAAAAUUGGUGGGACAGAUUGAUCUUCGAGACUUUCCGCACACAUCUUGAUGGUCCUGGAGAUCCACGCAUUGAAGCAGUAUCGCAGAACGUGGAAGAAAUUCUUACUUCUCCAGUACAAUGGCAAACAUGCCCUGGCUGUCCACAAUUAUUGGCGCAGCUACAAGAUCAUCAAAUUCGAAUGGGCGUUGUUUCUAAUUUUGAUACUAGGCUGGACAAAUUACUUGAUCGCAUGGGAUUAAAAGAGUAUUUUGCUUUUGCUGUAGCAUCCUACAAUGAAGGAGCAGAAAAACCAGACAGGCGCUUAUUUAACCGAGCAUUAUUUCUAUCUCGUCUCCCUGGUAUUAAAGCUAAAGACGCACUGCACAUAGGUCGCCAAGCAACGGCUGAUUACCAUGGAGCACGCGAAGCAGGCUGGAGUUCCAUUAUUGUUUCAGACUGGACCCCUGAAAAAAUAAUAGAACGAUAUCCAAGCGUUCAAAGAAAUCAUAUCUUUCCCAAUUUGGACGAACUUAGAAAGAAGUGGGCGCAAGGUGCAGUAAAAUGGUGAUCCAUCGCACGUAUUUUUAAUAUGUUGCAAUAAUAUACAAUAAAAUUAAAGCAGCCA